AUGUUGGCUCUCUACUCUCGCAAUGCACUAGGAAAAUUGCUAAUCGCUCGUCUUCUCCUAGUACCAUCGUCGUUCAAUAAAAAACAGCUAACAGAAUUAUUAUUAUGGGAUGAAAUUGAAGAAAAAGAUACGAGUCCGACAGCUGAAAGUUCGCCUGAAGUCAGUCACAAACAACGGUCACAAACAACGGUAGGUGCGUCAGCUUCAUUCUCUCGACAGCAGACAAAAUUAGAUGAUUACUCGUUUUGUUUACAAAGUGCACCUUAUUCACAAAAUGAUAAUGAUAAAAAUACUGAUAGAAUUUUCUUUUUCUUUUUUAAACUUUAUUUAUUUAUUGAUGAAACUGGUAGAAUUACUAACGAGAAUCAUCAUUCACUUAAUAAAUUUAGUCUAAUUAAUCGAAUUCCCACUCAAAAUGAUCAAAUUAUUGCACAAAAUGCGUCUAUUCUAUCAGUUCUUACUACUUCUACAAUAUUGUCAAUCGAAGAGAAAAAACAAACAAAAAGUCUUGAUCCAUCUGUACCUAUUUUUGAUUUUCAUGACCCAAACUCAUUUCUUUGUUGUGAUAAUCAUUCUCCUACACGUCGUUCGCCAUCUCAUUCUCAAAAUCUUUCAUGUACGCCAAACAAAACAAGUUCAUCUUCAAAUAACAAUUCUUGUCUAAUUAAACCAUCACAAAAAUUAAAUUCAAAUGUAAAAACAACUAUUAUUUUGGUAGACAGUUUGUUAAAAGAUCUAGACCCGAAAAUUUUGAGUGACAAAACUCACAAUAUUAAAAUUAGAACACACUCUGGCGAAAAUCUCAAUGAUCUAAACGAAAAACUAAAAAGUAAAUAUGAAAAUCUGCUUCAGACAUCAAAUACAGCUAUUUUCGUUUGUGGAACAAAUUCCAUCAACAAACAAAGUGUUAGUAAAUAUAUUGAAGAAGCCGAAAGUAUAAUUAAAACUACUGAAUUUUGA